AGCAUGAUCGGGCUCUCGCCACCUGGCCACACUGCACUCACGUUGCUUUUUCAACGUUUCCAGGAGCCGUUGAAAAUUGGCCAAUUCCAGCAAUGAGCGAGGAAUUCAAGCUGCCCAAGCGCUCCCGCAAGCGCACCCGCGAGGUGAAGCGCAAGGCCCGUCCGGAGCUGGACGGGGAGAACGCCUGGUCGGCCAUGCGGUACUGCGAUAAGUUCGAGCCCUUCUGGGACUUCACCGACAACCUGGAGCGGAUCGUGGAGUCGGAGGUGUCGGAGGCCGAGUUCAUCGAGCGCUUCGAGCGGCCCUACAAGCCGGUGGUCAUACGCGGCUGCACCGACGGCUGGCUGGCGCUCGAGAAGUGGACACUGGCCCGCCUGUCCAAGAAGUACCGCAACCAGAAGUUCAAGUGCGGCGAGGACAACGAGGGCUAUAGCGUCAAGAUGAAGAUGAAGUACUAUGUGGAGUACAUGCAGGGCACGCGCGACGACAGCCCGCUCUACAUCUUCGACAGCAGCUUCGGCGAACACCACCGGCGGCGCAAGCUGCUGGACGACUAUGUGGUGCCCCGGUACUUCCGCGACGACCUCUUCCAGUACUGCGGCGAGAAUCGCCGUCCGCCGUACCGAUGGUUCGUCAUGGGACCCGCUCGCUCCGGCACCGGUAUCCACAUCGAUCCGCUGGGCACCAGUGCCUGGAACACGCUCAUCCGCGGCCACAAGCGCUGGUGCCUGUUCCCCACCCAAACGCCCAAGGAGCUGCUGAAGGUCACGAGCGCCAUGGGCGGCAAGCAGCGCGACGAGGCCAUCACCUGGUUCAGCACCAUCUAUCCGCGCACCCAGCUGCCCAGCUGGCCGGAGCAGUACCGCCCCAUCGAAGUGCUCCAGGGCGAGGGCGAGACUGUGUUCGUGCCCGGCGGUUGGUGGCACGUGGUGCUCAACCUGGACGACACCAUUGCCAUCACCCAGAACUUCAGUUCGCAGACGAACUUCCCCUGCGUCUGGCACAAGACUGUUCGCGGGCGACCCAAGUUGUCCCGGAAGUGGCUGCGCGUGCUGCGCGAGCAGCGCCCGGAGCUGGCCCAGAUCGCCGAUAGUAUUAACCUGAACGAGAGCACCGGCUUCGCCUCGGACAGCUCCAGCAACUCCAGCUCCUCCUCCUCGAGCAGUUCCUCGUCGUCGUCGGAGGAGAGCGAGGAUGGCGGCGAUUCCAACACGGACAGUGGUCAGGAGAGUCUCACGGCCAAGAAGAAAAAGAAGCGCCGCAUGGCGGGCGGAUCCGGCUCCAUGGGCGAGUCCUCCUCGCGCUCCUGAUGCAGGGAGCGGGCCAAGCGCAAAGGCUUGCUCAUGCGCCUCUUUCAGCGGCAACUUAUGCUGCUCCGACGGCUUCCCCGCUGCCGCCGCAGUUAGCAUUAGCAUCGUUCAUCAUCAUCCGCAGCCCGGCCGUUCCAGAGUUUUGUAAUAUUUUUCUACUUAGACAAGCAGCUCUUUGAUUCCGCGCUCGCCCCCAUCGAAAGCCUGCUCCCUGAUUUCAAUAGAUGCUCCAACGUGACUCAUUAGCGUAAACCUUAAAUGCAAAAUAAAUAAAUUCAAUAUAUUUGUA